AUCACCAGUUUCUUGUUUUCUGUUUGUCAUACCUUUGAACCUAAGUUCUUGUGAUUCAUACCAUUGCAAGAAUCUUUCCAUCUCCCUACUGUAUUUCUGAGCUCAAAUCCUUCUAAUAAAUAAUAUUGCAAGGAUGAUAAGUGGUGGGGAAUUGUACACAGUAAUAAGUGCAGUUGUUCCACUGUAUGUGGCAAUGUUUCUAGCUUAUGGUUCUGUAAAAUGGUGGAAGAUAUUCACUCCAGAACAAUGUGCAGGGAUUAAUAAGUUUGUUGCCAUAUUUGCUGUUCCUCUUCUAUCGUUUAUAUUCAUAUCUAGAAUCAACCCUUACAAAAUGAAUUUUGUUUUCGUGGCUGCUGAUGUUAUAUCUAAGCUGGUUGUGCUUCUCCCACUGGCGUUGUGGACAAAGUUUUCUGAGAGAGGCAACUUGGACUGGGUGAUUACUACCUUCUCCUUGUCAACAUUACCGAAUACUCUGGUGAUGGGAAUUCCACUUUUGAAGGCCAUGUAUGGAGAUUCAACAGAAAGUUUGAUGGUGCAGGUCGUUGUUAUGCAGUGCAUUCUCUGGUACACUUUAAUGCUAUUUUUAUUUGAGUACAGAAGUGUUAAGGUGACUCUUAUAGAACAUUUCCAUUUUAGUACUGCAAGACAUACAUCCACUUUAGAUGAUAAGAGCCCAAAACUGCAAACAGAUGGGAUAGAUGGUGUAGAUUGUGAAGAACUGCAUGUCAUAGAAAGAAAACCAUCUUUAACGUCCAUUCCACAGAGGGAUCUGUCUACUCCAUCAUCUGAGAGGUUUCAUGAACGUAGAUAUAAACAUACAAUGUCAGAGAACUCCACUGCUAAGACAGGUUGUUUGGGUGUCAAGUAUAACUCUAUGCAGUCCAUGAGAAACUUGCAGAGUAUAGGUUCCACUUCUCCUUUAGGAGAAACAGUCCCGACAGUGCUAACUAAUAGAGUAGCAAGUUUUAGGGAUCAAAGUAAUGGCAAAAGUGGAAAUCAUGAAUCUGCAAUCAAUUUGGGAACUGAAAACAGCUGCUCUAAUAGAUAUUUGGGAUUGCUUUCAGAAGACGCCGUGCAGGUGGCAAAGAUUGUGUCCCAGUCUGCAUCCAAUUAUUCUCCUCAACCGAGAGAUGAUGCAAAGGAGCUUCACAUGUUUAUUUGGAGCUCUGGAUCGUCAUUCUCUGAAGGCAAGUGCACAUUAACUUACAAUGUAUGUGUAACAUCACAAUUACAUCAGCAGGACAACCACAAAGGAGAAGUUAUACCAUCUGAACCUUCAAAUGCAGCUUUUGUAAUGAAGCUAAUUCUCCACGUCGUGUUUUCUAAGCUGGCUUACAAUCCAAACUCCUAUGCAAGUCUAUUUGGGAUUCUAUGGGCACUCGUUUCAGCAAGGUGGGGUCUUGAGAUGCCUCAGAUAGUCAAGGGUUCUAUAACAAUCUUGUCUGACACUGGCUUGGGAUUAGCCAUGUUUAGUCUUGGUUUAUUCAUGGCACUACAACCAAGGAUCAUUGCAUGUGGAACUUAUUUUGCCAUUAUUGGCAUGGUUCUACGGUUUUUAGUUGGACCAGCAGUCAUGGCUGUGGCUUCUAUCGCAGUUGGUCUUCGAGGAACUAUCUUACACAUCGCCAUCGUACAGGGUGCAUUGCCUCAAGGAAUAGUGCCAUUUGUAUUUGCACGGCAGUAUAAUGUACAUCCAGAUAUACUUAGUACGGGGGUGAUAUUUGGCAUGCUGGUCUCUUUACCAAUUACGUUGAUAUACUAUGUGCUUCUUGAGUUGUAAACAUGCAGCACAUCAGUUUGACUUCUUGUAAGCUCAGAAUGUUGCGCCCCUGCAGUGCAGUGGAAUAUGUUUCCGGGUGUUGCAAAUAAAGAGGAAUGAUCUGUAAAAAUAGGUGUACAUAGAGGCAAUAAAUUGUCCAUAAAUAACUCUUUAAACCUGAAGGGUUCUUUGGUUUAAAACAGUUGUAUCGUUGGGUAGGGCAGUAUCAUAGAAAUUAGA